UUGACUCUCAGCCGAGAAAUACACAAAUGCACACGUUCGGAAGAGUUUAAGUAAUUAACAAUAAAUUAUUGAGUGUUAAUAAUUAGAAAUUAUCCGUGUUGCUUUUAUAUCUCAGCCGGAAAAAAACGGCGAUAAUAUGCCCGAAAUAAAAGUAACACCUCUAGGUGCUGGCCAGGAUGUUGGACGCAGCUGCAUCAUCGUCUCAAUCGGAGGCAAAAACAUCAUGCUAGACUGUGGCAUGCACAUGGGAUACAAUGAUGAUAGACGCUUCCCGGACUUCUCCUAUAUUAUUCAAAAUGGGCGUCUGACAGACUUUUUAGAUUGCGUGAUCAUCAGCCAUUUCCACUUGGACCACUGCGGCGCUCUGCCUUACAUGAGCGAGAUGGUGGGAUAUGAUGGACCCAUCUACAUGACACAUCCGACAAAGGCCAUCUGCCCUAUCCUACUGGAAGAUUUCCGGAAGAUCACUGUGGACAAGAAGGGGGAGACCAACUUCUUCACCUCACAGAUGAUCAAGGACUGCAUGAAGAAAGUCAUCCCCUUAAACCUGCACCAGACUGUUCAGGUGGAUGACGAGCUGGAGAUAAAGGCUUACUAUGCAGGCCAUGUUCUAGGUGCUGCCAUGGUGCACAUCAAAGUGGGCUCAGAAUCAGUGGUCUACACUGGUGACUAUAACAUGACACCAGACAGACAUUUAGGCGCCGCUUGGAUCGACAAGUGCCGUCCAGACAUCCUCAUCUCAGAGUCGACAUACGCGACAACCAUCCGUGACUCCAAGAGGUGCAGGGAGAGAGACUUCCUAAAGAAAGUGCACGAAUCCAUAGAACGAGGAGGAAAAGUUCUUAUUCCAGUGUUUGCCCUCGGAAGAGCCCAAGAACUCUGCAUCCUCUUGGAAACAUUUUGGGAAAGAAUGAACCUCAAGGCUCCAAUCUACUUUUCCACUGGGCUAACAGAGAAAGCCAAUCAUUAUUACAAGCUUUUUAUCACGUGGACCAACCAGAAGAUAAGGAAAACAUUCGUACAGAGGAACAUGUUUGAAUUCAAGCACAUCAAAGCUUUUGACCGCUCGUAUGCUGACAACCCAGGACCCAUGGUGGUGUUUGCAACCCCAGGAAUGCUGCACGCCGGACAGUCGCUUCAGAUUUUCAAGAAAUGGGCUGGCAAUGAGAAGAAUAUGGUCAUCAUGCCAGGUUACUGCGUACAAGGAACCAUUGGACACAAGAUCCUGAAUGGACAUAAGAAACUGGAGAUGGAAGGCAGAGCGAUGUUGGACGUGAAGUUGCAGGUGGAGUACAUGUCCUUUAGCGCCCAUGCCGAUGCCAAGGGCAUCAUGCAGCUCAUCCGAAUGGCCGAGCCUCGUAACAUGCUGCUAGUGCACGGCGAGGCGGCCAAGAUGGAGUUUCUCAAGGGCAAGAUUGAGCAAGAGUUCAGUAUCGAUUGUUACAUGCCAGCUAAUGGCGAGACCACCACAGUGACCACAAAUCCUAAAGUUCCUAUUGAUAUGUCACUCAACCUUCUCAAGAGGGAAAUGGCACUUGGAGGACCUUUACCUGAUCCUAAAAAACCACGCAUCAUGCAUGGAACCCUCAUCAUAAAAGAUAAUAGUUUGAAGCUGGUCUCCUCUGAACAAGCUUUGAAGGAGCUCGGACUUAACGAGCAUCAGCUGCGAUUCACGUGUCGAGUGCAGCUCCACGACCCGCAUAGCGACCCUGAUACACUUCGAAGAAUAUACACCCACCUCAAAAGCGUCUUAAAGGGAUACACCAUUCAGCAUCUUCCCGACGGGACGGUUAUGGUGGAGUCCAUCGUUAUCAAAGUGUCAUCCUCACCAGAAGAAGCCAAUACAAAGGUCAUCCUGCUCUCUUGGAGUUACCAGGAUGAAGAUCUGGGGAGCUUCCUUUCAACCCUACUGAAAAAAGGCCUCCCAUCUGGCCUUUGAGUUAAUGACUAGAUACGAUCAUGUCUUUUUUUUAAAUGAAAGAAGUGGUGGGCUCAAACAAGAGACAAACCAUGAACAAUAAUGCCACAUCAGGCCUAGAUUAUUUAUGUACAUCAUUUCAUAAUUCUUGGUAAGAAAACAAAGUGCCACCAGCGACAUCAUUAGAGCUAAGCCCUGCUCUGGCAUGAUGCAAUAGUAGAUUUGCAGUAAAUACAGGUAAUUAACUCUUUGGCUGCCGUUUGAUGGCGAUAGACAUUCACUCCAUGCUGCCUAGGAGGAUGCAUAGGACGUCUGUUGCCAUUAAGUGGUGUUUUUACUACAAUGUUUUACAACUAACCAAUACACAUACUCUGAAUACUAUAUACUGUAUGUGCCUGAGCUGGCAGUGAAUGAGUUAACCUGCAACUCUUUAAUUUUGCAUCUUUGUUUUGUUACUCUGUAGCACUUUUUACUGGCAAUUAAAAGUGCAUUACAAAUGAGACCUAUCAUUAUGAGGCACAUAGACUACUGUCGAAGGCAAUUGUACAUACACGAUUUGGAAUAUGUAUAAACGUCACAGUAGCAAAACGUGUAAGAUUUGAGAAUAAACAUUCACGAUGAGUUAGGAGUGGACUGGUGAAACCUGUUUGCAUCGGUUCAUCCAAGCGUGCCUUUUAUGGACCUUGCUUUGCUGUUACCACAAAGAUGGAAGCAUCAAGAUCAAGUUAGGGUUCUAGUACAAUAUCCAUCGUCUUAUCACACCGUGAUGGUGUAAAUAACUCGACGCCUCCGAAGUCUAAACCAAGACCUCGGUGGUUUGCAAGCGCAGUGGCUGGUGGUGACGUAGUAGAGCAAAGGGUCCAGGCAUGUGUUGAGGAUGACGAGGGCCAUGGUGCCCCUCCUUGCGUUGUAGAUUGCGUUUGCUAGCGGGCAACUCUGGAUGACUUUCAUGCGGCGAAGCAGGUGCAGCAGGUAAACCACAUGGUUGGGCAGGAAGCAAAUCAGUGUGAUGGCUAGAGUGAUGUAUAUGACCCUCACGGCUCGCUGGGCCAUCUUUGUAUGGAUCCUGGAAAUGCGCCUGGCGGCUAUUGAGUAGAGAACCAAGAUGGUUGCGGAAGGCAGAAGGGAGCAGAAAAUUACCAGGAGGCUGUAAGGGAACAGACGGGAGCUCCACUCAUGGGCGGCAAAGUUCUCAAAGCAGCUGUGGCUCCCUGAUUUGUCUCCGUUAGUCUCUAAAGGUCCCAUGAGGAUAAAGACCACAACAGCUACUCCUGCGACAACCCAUAGGACGAUACUGGUGAACAGAGCGUACCGAGGCCUCCUCAGCUUCAAGUAGGUGUGUGGAUGCACCGUGGCCAUGUAGCGGUCCAAGCAGAUGCACGUCAUGAAGCAAAUGCUAGUGUAGAUGUUGGCGUGGAAGAGGAUCCCUGUGAUUUGGCAGGUGACAUCGCCAAACACCCAGUUGUUUCCAUUGAGGUGGUAAUGGAUCCGGAAGGGAAGCGUACACAGGAUGACAACAUCUGCCAGGGCCAGGCUGCUGAUGUAAAUACUGAAGGCGGUGCGCGGGGUGACUCUGAAAAUGAACACGUAGAUGGCAGCAAGGUUUCCCGGGAGGCCGAAGACCAGAGCAAAUAUGUAGACAACUGGGAACAAGUAGAGCUGGUACUCUGCUGGAGGGAUGAGACACUCUGGUGCUGUCUGGUUACUCAUUGCUGACUGGAUAAUGAGUUGCUAAAGGAGCGAAAAACUCAAGAUUAGUCACUCGGGUCUUAAGGCACCACUGUACACGUCUUAUCAUCACGGGGACGCUUUAACUAAUCAAGUUUGCUCAAAAACAUUUUUUUUGUGUGUUAAAAAUAGUUGAUUAAUCUUAACAGAGCUUUUUAUAUAGACUAUUUUGUUAAGGAGAAUGCUUUUCAUUAAAAUAUCUGAAAUAUUUCGGCAACAAAAUUGUCAAAAACAUCAAAAUGUUUUCCUCUUAAUUGCUUUAAAUGAAAUGGAUCUUUUUUUAAUGUGAACAUAACACAGGGUGAUUAAAAAAGAAUGACCCUAUUUCACGAGCAAAUAUUUUGUAAGGAAAUUUAUUAAUCAGAAUGAGUGAGUGGGUGUUUGAAAGAUCGGAUUUCCUAGUUUUCUAUAAUUGUCACGUGACGCUGCCAAACCGAUGCAUCAUGCGUCUGGCAGCGGUAUUUAAUUAAAUCAUGGAAUAAGCUCAUUCUUUUUUAAUCAUACUGUAUAUUAAAACGGUCGAAGGCCAAUGCAUCAAUAGAAUUGAAUCAAAAUCAUGGCAGAUUUUGUAAUAUCAGCAAAUAUUGUACAGUAUCGUCCACAGAAUCCAUAUUAACACAAUUUGGAUAUUUACAUCCCUGGGAAUUUACUGUUGCACUAAAAUUGGACAAAAGCAUCAACCCAAUUUAUUUCUAAUAACCCAAUUUCAGCACCCACAAAAACAUGUAUCUUUGUCCUUUUACUCCUACUGAUUUUCAGCUGAGAGGUUUUGAGACAAAUUUCAAACUUUCCAACUUAAAACAGUUUUGCCUAGUCCUCUUGAAAGUAAAUCAGAAGAUUUCAACUAAACUAAAAGCAUUUGACACCAUGAUCAACAUUAUUGGGCCCACAAAAAUCUCCCCUUUUGCUUCCAUUCAAAUUAAAUGGCAACUUCCCCCUAAAAAAUACUGAUAGACACCAUUACGCUUCUUGCUCCAAAAUAAAUACUCAUUGACUUCCAAUGACUCUUAAAACUACACACAAAAAAAUCCAUUCAUCCAGUCGUUUUUUGUUUUUUUUUUACCAAUAACGUCCAAUUGAAUUCCGCUGACACAUUAAAAUGCAAGGUUCACAUCUUUGCCUAUUCUUAUACGUAACAUUUCAGCUUAUUACUAUAAAAAGAGUCACGUUACUGUUGAUAUUUUUUGACUGAGAUGUUUAUGACCAACAAGUCACGAUCAGCAUGAAAAGCAGUUUCUACAGAGAUAGAAUUUUCUAAUUUCUACUGGUAAAAAAAGAUCAUUCACCUUUAUUGAAUUCAGUUGCAUUUGAUUUCCCAAACAGAAAAAUGUAAAUUAAAAGAAUUUUGAGUUAAACAUUACCUGUGGUCCUUCAAGAAGAUGCGUGAUGGUUUCUUCACUUGCAGACAAGUUACUAUUAAAACUUGUUUUGAUGCUUUUCAACCUUCUCACUGCAAUUUUUAAAUGUGUCUUUAAUUUCCUGUUUCAAUUUGCCGUAGGCGUUAAAGAACAAUGAGAACAGGAAACAGUGUUCUGGCGAUAUACAGGUGAUUUUAGAAGCAACCUUCUGUUGUGGUACAUUAUUUGGCUCGUGAGUAAACAUUCUUGAGUAACAGCUUUUUAUCCUGUUAUUUCUCUCUGUGAAACCAGCUAUGUAAGUAAAUUUGCUUUGCCUCUGAAAAAAAAAUUAAUCCACAGAAUAAAGUGUUGCUUCAUAAUUAAAACGAGGAAAGAAAAAAAAACUCUCUCCAGUAAAUGGUUACACGUUUUUGAGGGGAAAAUGUGCAUAUUUCCGAACUCCCACAUAUAUUCUGUGACGUUUUAUUGUGACUUUGACUCUCAUCUUUUCUGUCACCUCCCCUGAAGAA